CCUGCAUGCUCAAGGACUGCUGGGAGGUCUUUGUGACAUCACAGCUCUCAGUGAUCUGCCCACCUGGGGCUGACAGGCACAGUACUCAGGGUGUGUGGCCUUUAUGGAUGGAGAACAGGCCUCCGUUUAGGAAAGGCCCUGGGCUCCCCUCACCUCCUCUCCCUUCCUGGGGCAGUCUGGUCAGGCCUUUUAUGGUGGAAGUGAAGUCAGUCAGCCACACUUGCUGAGAAGCUGCCCAAACCCAUGGUGCCUUGCUACAUUUGACUCACUGCUUCUUUUUUCAGUGAAAAGAAAAUGAAUGGGACCAAAAAUGUCAAAUUUGAGAAGGAAGCAAAUGAGGAUAAAGGUUCUACAAGCCAGGCGAUGGCUACAGAAGAUCCUCAAGACAUAACAAAAAUAGCUCUAACUUUAGCCAAGGAUGCCAUCACUGCUGCUGUCAAAUCUGCAGAAGAAGCUGAAAACCCCGUCAAAAAUAUCGAUUGGAUCACCCAUGGUGAGUUCACAGAAGAAAAGGGCCGUCAACAAGUUGAGGAGUUUGUUUUGAAUUGGGAGUAUCAAGGCUGCUGGGAGCACUACACAGAGUUUUUAAGGAGGGAAGAUGUGCUUCACAGCUUCUACUACAUCUACUGUGUACGGUGGAGCAUCCCAACUGCUCGGAGACCCACAGCCCAAAUCACUGCCAGUGUGUACUUCACCAUCAAGAUCAACAAAAACAAACCUCUGGACACACCCAUUGAUGUCUCUUAUGUCUUUGAGGGCCAUUCAUUAGUUCACAGACCAGGAGAGAUUCGCUUUCGAGAAAAAUGGCUAAGGGACAUUAUUGAGGCCAAAUAUGUUUUAAUGAAUCCAAAUAUCUUCCAAUUCAACAGUAUUGGAAUCUUCUAGAAUAUUUUAGGAGAUUUCUAAUCAGAG